GAAAUAUAUUGUAUUGUAUAAUUGUCCUGUAAGACUUUACUGUUGUGUGCUGGUCUACUUGCUCCUUAUAUAGGACAUUUGGUGUAAUAGAAAGAUAACACAAUGGAAUAAUACUUCUAUCUCUAUAUUUUCUCUCUCCAAAUUUAACAUGGUAUCCAGAGCAGGUUAGGGUUUGCAGCCACCCACUGCCGUUGCUUCCGCUUCCGUCGCCGCUCCGUCCGCCGCCGUUCGCCGCCGCCGCCGUCGCAGCCUUUUCUCCGGCGAAGUUAGGGGUUCGGUGCGCCUCGAAGAGCGCGACCCAUCCCCGGUGGUCGCCGCCGCAUAUUCUUCUCGACGCGCCGUCACGCGCCAAUUCUGUGCGGUCUCUCUCGGGCGCGUGGGCUUCACGCGCCGCCUCUCCAGUGUCGGAACUUCACCGCGCCACCGCCGGUCGGUUCGCCUCCGUCUCCUGAGUCUAUUGUGGUCACUGAUUUUCUGUUCCGUUGAGGUUUGCUCCGUUUAGGGUUUCUUCCCACAAUCUUUGCUCCGUUAAGGUGUUUUCCUCUUUUUCUGGUUUGGUUUUACGAUGGCUGGUCUUGGAACACCGUCUCUCUCUGCCACUCCAACCAUUACUUCUGCAAAACUCAGUUGGAAAAACUAUCUAUCUUGGUCUUCUUCUGUGGAGUUAUGGUUUCUUGGUCAAGGACACCAUGACCAUCUUGAACAAGAUGUUUCCACCGUUCCUGAAGAAGAAAAAUCUCAAUGGCAGAAACUUGAUUUCCAACUAUGUGUUGUCCUAUGGCAAUCUGUUGAACCAGAAGUCUUAGAAAUUUUAAGACCUUACAAAACGUGUUCCUCCUUUUGGAGAAAAGCUCAAGAUAUCUUUGCUAACGAUGUACAACGCCUCUUUGAUGCAACUCAAAGAGUGACUUCUCUCAAACAGAACAAUCAUGAUAGGGUUACUUACAUAGGAACGGCCCGUGCUGCUGUAGAAGAAUUGAAGAAUUUCUUUGUGGCUGAUUCUUUAGAAGGCCUAAACAAGAAGCUUGAUAAGUUUUACAUGGUCUUAAUUUUAAGAGGUCUACAUUCAGAUUUUGGUCAUGUUCGUGAUCAAAUGUUGGCUGGUGAUCAAGUUCCAUCAAUGGACAGCUUAGUUACUCGACUUCUUCGAGUACCUUCAUUAGUUAAAGAUGAAAGUUCAAUUGGUGGUAUUGAAACAUCAGCCAUGGUAGCACCACAAGGAAGAGGAGGAGGCAGAGGCAACCGAGGAGGACGUGGUGGCCGUGGUAUGCCUCCUCAGUGCACAUAUUGUAAGAGGAUAGGCCAUACUCGAGAGAAAUGUUAUGCCUUACAUGGAUAUCCAGACAAGGGUGUUCAUGUUUUGAAAUCUAAUGAACCCAAAAUUUCGAAUGAAGAAUAUCAAGAAUUUUUGAAGUAUAAAUCUGGAAAAUCUUCUAAUCCUGACCAAUCCUCUUCCAUGUCCAGUGCGUCAACUGCCGGUAUGUCUCAAUCUGUGGAAGGUCACAAUCCAUGGAUCCUUGACUCAGGUGCCUCUGACCAUAUCUCUGGAACAUGGUACGGGUCGCCUGAUUGGAGAAGGACAUGAGUCUCGAGGACUUUAUUUUUUGAAACAUAGCUCUCCAGCUUCCUGUUUUACCACUUCAUCCCCAAAACUUUUGCAUGAUCGGUUGGGCCAUCCAAGUUUAUUCAAGUUGAAGAUGAUGGUUCCAAGUCUCAAGAACAUUCAAGUCUUAGAUUGUGAGUCGUGUCAAUUAGGAAAACAUGUUAGAUCUUCUCAUCCUAAAAAGUCUGAGACAUUAUGUAAUUCUCCUUUCUCAACUAUUCACUCUGAUAUUUGGGGACCAAGUCGUGUUACUUCUUUUGGUUUUAACUAUUUUGUCACUUUCAUUGAUGAA